AUGUACUUCGCCAAGUUCGCUUUACUCGCACUUCCCUUCAUCGGUCUCGCUUCUACCAAACCGGUAGUGGUGGAAGUUGAGAAACGAGCUACUGCUUUGGACGUUGUCAAUGAGUUACAAAGCGCCAUCGCCGGCCCAAUUACAACCCUCAAGACAGCCAAUGUAUCUUCCGACGACGCCCAAGCUGCUCUUACAUCGAUCAAAUCAGUUAUUACCGACGCUACUUCAGCUAUUGGAUCGGCUACCGCCUCGAAGCGAGACCUUAUCGCUUUAGAGAGCAGACAAGCUGAUGACUUGGCUAUCGUUGGACAAGUUCUGGCUCAAGUUAUCCAAGAUAUCGUAGAGGCUGUAGAAGGUUUGGCUGAUGAUUUGAAAGGAUUGCCCCUCAUUGGCGCAAUCAUCUUUGAUAUCGACUUCGGACUAAACACACUUUUACUUGGAGUUGAACUCGUUUUGGCUGGUGUGGUUGAAAUUCUCAGAGGUUUACUCAGUGGAGUUGCUGAUUUGUUACAAAGCUUGGGUAAUGGUUUACUCGCUGGUCUCAUCUUUGCUUAA